AUGGUAGCUAAAUAAAACAAACAGGAAAUGGUUAUUUGAUAAUGGUCUAUUAGAUACGGGUAUCAUCGUUGUGUUUUAGAUGUUUAGUGUGCAGUGUUUCGGCGACCGGUAUCAACCUAGUAACGUUUCGAUAACUUUGAUAAUGUCUUGGUCAAAUCUAACCAUCAAGUGUAUACUUUCUUUUGCCCGGUAGUUUAUAACUGAAGUAGUGUUUAAAGCGGCGUAAACGCCGGUUACAUCUCACUCAUGAAAUCGAAAACGUCACUAGUGUAGAAAAUCUAACCAUCAAGUGUAUACUUUCUUUGCCCGGUAGUUUAUAACUGAAGUAGUGUUUAAAGCGGCGUAAACGCCGGUUACAUCUCACUCAUGAAAUCGAAAACGUCACUAGUGUAGAAAAUCUAACCAUCAAGUGUAUACUUUCUUUGCCCGGUAGUUUAUAACUGAAGUAGUGUUUAAAGCGGCGUUAACGCCGGCUACAUCUCACUCAUGAAAUCGAAAACGUCACCAGUGUAGAAAAUCUAACCUUCAAGUGUAUACUUUCUUUUGCCCGGUAGUUUAUAACUGAAGUAGUGUUUAAAGCGGCGUAAACGCCGGUUACAUCUCACUCAUGAAAUCGAAAACGUCCCCAGUGUAGAAACAGCUGUCGAUGUUGACACAAGCAGGGCAGUCCAAAAGAUCACCACUCGACAUUUACCCACCACCAUUUUGAACACAUACAUUGCGUGCAAGAAGCAUGACGGACAUACCUACAUUGCAAAACCACAAUAUAUUCCUGCGUUCGGGGGUACAGUGAAAGGAUGUUACUAAGAUGGUUUGUCUGCGACGAUGUAGAUUUUGGAGGCAGCGCGGACCUACAGUGACGAGGUUGAUUGUAGUUUUACUGGCAGUCGCUGUCAUUGUGCAUAUUUCGACUAACCGUUACGUCUCGGUCUGGAGUAUUGCAAAUGACAAACAUCUUAUUCCAGACUUCCUAGCUAAUGGUCCAGGUGUUAUUGAAAAAGCUCUGUCGAAAGACCGCCAUCAGACCCUCGAUCUAGCAUAUAACUGGACGUACAAGGGAGACAGGGGGCAUUUGAUGAAACUGUAUCACACCAUUCUCGACAAGGCCCUUGGUGACGUGCAGGAAGUGUAUAAAGAACCGUCUGAGACGAUAUACGAGAAACGACGCCAACAUGCCCAGAAAGCAUGUGACACCAUUCCUGGAAGCAACAAAGGUGUGCGCUCCACCAUCCGUACCCUCUGGUACAUGGAUCAAACUAACAUGUUGUACUGCUCUGUUGCUAAGGCAGGGUCCAGCUUCUGGCGACGGACUUGGAAGGCAGUGAUUAGUCAAAGGGGUGACAUCAUACACUCCCCAUAUGAGUAUUCAUACGAAGAUUUUCAUUCAGGCCCCUUUCUGUUAAAACGUCAAAAUAAAUUCACAGACAGGGACGACACCCUUGAACAUCUCGUUAAUUCCUCGUUGAAAUUCAUGUACACCCGUGACCCGUACAGCCGUAUUUUCUCGGCAUAUGUUGAUAAAGUACUGGCUCCCAAUACAUACCUAUGGGGGCUUGGCAAAAAAAUCUUAUCGGAAUUCAGGAAUGGUUCUUCUGAGAAAAGUCGUUCUUGUGGUCAUGACGUCACAUUUGGCGAAUUUGUCAAGUCCAUCAUUUCUACGCCCACUGCAUCACUUGACGCUCACUUCAUCCCAGUCUCAGAGUGGUGCGAUGUAUGCAGUCUCAAGUAUGACGUCAUCGCCAAGAUGGAAACCUUCAAGGCUGACUCGCUGUAUCUCAUGAAUAAAGCGGACAUUUUAGGUAAGCAUGUUGAGGUUAAAGACUUUGGAAUAGAAUACACCGCGGACUCGUUCGUGGACUAUGUCACAAGGACAUUUUUACAUAGAGGUGCUUUUGCCAACUGUUUAACGUUCCAUGCGGCCAUUCGUCGCUUGUGGAGACAGAUGCAGAUAGCCGGAUCUAUUUCCAAGGAGGAACAGUAUCUGUUAACACCGGCUGAGAGCGACUCGAUAACUGAAGUUAAGUUGAUAAAUAUAAUGCUUGGAGCAUACAAGCGAACAUCCUCGGAGUCAAGGUCAAACAAGAAGGAGGCUUUCUUACAAGCCUACCAGCAAGUUCCGUUGGGUGAUCUGGAACGGAUACGGCAGAAGUAUUCAAAGGACUUUCUGUUAUUUGAUUAUGACGACAGACCAAAAGAACUUUUUGACAAAACCUUACAACCGCCCCUAGCAUUCAAUUAUUUUGAUGUCUUGAAAGAGUAAUCACCUUUGAUAAUAUAUAUUGUUUACUUAAAGUACACUGUUUAAGGACCAAACGGCCCAAAUUUACACAUGUUGAAUACAAUAUCAGUUUACUUCAGUUAUUUCCAAUUUGAUUUACUUAACAAUUAGGUCAAUAUAGUAGCCCGUUGGUUUUGUUUUCACAAACGUUCCACAAUUCUUUAUUUUACUAUACUGGCAAUUCAUUUACAUCAAUAUCAAUAUAUUGCUGAUGUUUUCUUUAAUUUCCAUCACAGCUUUGGGUUUUGGGGAAAAUCAGGGUCAACUGGUUUUGUUUUAACAAACGUACCAACAUUCUUUAUUUGUCUUUAUUUUACUAAACUGGCAAUUCAUUUACAUCAAUUACAAAAUAUUGCAGAUGUUUUCUUUAAUUUCGGUUUUUGGAAAAUCAGGGUUAAGUGAGGAGUCCUACUUUUAUAGCGAGGAAGUUUGCGACUUUCAUUUAGUUAAUUGCUUUUAUAUUUUUAACUUGUAUUCUUUUGUGGAAAUAUUGUAAGCGAAAUAAAUUAUUUUAUGUAAA